CUCAAUCAAUAUGAUGCUCGUCGGACUUCCGCAGUACAAGGAGAGCUUCAGCGAUGCGAGGGUUGACGGACGCAUGCUGCAUUACCUGACCGUGGAGGACCUGCUGCAGAUGAAGGUCACCAACAUACUGCACCACGUCAGCUUGAAGCGAGGCAUACAGCUGCUGCGGCUGCACAACUACAACCCAAACUGCCUGCGCCGGCGACCCACCGACAUGGAGGGCGUGGACAAUGACCCGCGUGACGUCAUGCUGUGGACGAAUCACCGCGUCAUGGAGUGGCUGCGGACAGCGGAUCUGUCUGAGUACGCUCCCAACCUACGCGGCAGCGGUGUCCACGGUGCCCUCAUAGUGAGUAAUAACAUACUGCUACUAAACUAG